AAAAAAAAAAAGGCAAAUUGAAAAAUGCAAUUUUGUGUUUUGUUGGGAAACUUAUAAAUUUUGGAAAGUUUAUUUUAUAUAUUACUCGUGUGUAUGAGGCAUGAAGGUGCUACGUCGAGCAUGGAACUGGCGCGGGCGCCGGCGCUCGCGCGGCGUCAGCACGUGGUCGCCGCUCGCGACCGCCUUUAACACGCGCCCCAACUCGCGCCCCCUGUUUGAUAACUUGAGGGAAAAGACGGGUCUCUUUAACAAGCCAGAACUGGUGACCUUCGAAGGUUUCCACGUGUUGAAAGAGCAGGCCAUCCAGGCAACAGACCGGCUGAUAGAGGAAGCCACGUCUGGCCCUACGCGGCCCAUGGUGGAAAUAUUUGAUGAGCUGUCGGACACGCUAUGCAAGGUGGCGGAUCUGGCAGAGUUUGUGAGGAUCGCGCACCCGCAGUCGCACUUCGCGGAAGCCGCUGAAGACGCUUGCAUCAGCGUCAGUGGCGUUGUGGAGAAGCUAAACACCCACAAAGGCCUGUACGAAGCGCUACGCGACUCAGUGAAGCGUGGAACAUCGGGAGACCAGCAUUUAGCAGAGCUCUUCCUGUUUGACUUCGAGCAGAGCGGCAUUCAGUUGGAGGAGAACAAACGACGGAAGGUGGUGGGUCUGAACGACCUCAUACUGCAGACGGGACAAAGGUUCAUGGCCGGUUCCGCCAAGCCUAGGAGAGUGCCUAGGAGUGCCGUGCCGCAGAAUAUUAGGCAAUUUUUCACUUCAGAAGGCGACAACAUAAUAGUAAGUGGCGUGUACGCUGAGUGCGGCGAGGCGGCGGCGAGAGAGGCUGCGUACAGGCUAUACCUCGCCCCUGAUAAGCAGCAGGAUAAACUGCUGAACACUGUGCUCGACGCCAGGCACGAGAUGGCCAGCAUCUGCGGGUUCCAGUGCUACGGAGACAGAGCAAUAAAAGGUAGUACAAUGGAAACGUCUGCAAACGUUCGAAAAUUCUUGGAUAUACUAUCAGACAACCUCUACGACCGUGCUCGGUUGGACUUUGACGCGAUGCUGAAGAUGAAGAGGAUAGAGACCCCGUACCAAGACAAACUCAUGUGCUGGGAUACACCAUACUUCACGCAUAAGGCGAAGACUCAGCUGCUUAACGUGGACAACUCGGAUUUCAGCCCAUAUUUCUCGUUGGGAGGAUGUAUGGAGGGCUUAGACAUGCUGUGUCAGGAGUUGUACGGGAUCAGGCUGAAGUCUGAAGAGAUGUUGCCAGGAGAAUCCUGGGCCCCGGACGUGUACAAGCUAGGCGUGGUCCACGAGACUGAGGGUCUACUGGGCCACAUUUACUGCGACCUUUACGAGCGGCCCGGCAAGCCGCACCAGGACUGCCACUUCACCAUCCAGGGUGGAAAGCUGCUGCCAGACGGCUCCUAUCAGAACCCGGUGGUGGUGGUGAUGCUGUCGCUGGCGGGCGGGCACCGCGGCGGGCCGGCGCUGCUGGCGGCGGCGGGCGUGGACAACCUGUUCCACGAGCUGGGGCACGCGCUGCACUCCAUGCUGGGCCGCGCGCGGCACCAGCACGUGGCCGGCACGCGCUGCCCCACCGACCUCGCUGAGGUGCCCAGCGUGCUCAUGGAGUACUUCGCCACCUCGCCCAAGGUGGUCCGUCGCUUCGCGCGUCACUUCCAGACCGGGGAACCCAUGCCCGAGGACAUGUUGCACCGGCUGUGUGCUUCCAAGUUCCUCUUCGGUGCCAGCGAGAUGCAACUGCAGGUGUUCUACUCGGCGCUUGACCAGAACUAUCACGGGCCGAACGCGUCUUUCGGCGGCCGCACCACAGACGUGCUCAAACAAGUGCAGAAACAGUACUACGGACUGCCGUACGUCGAGAACACGGCAUGGCAACACCGCUUCAGCCACCUGAUCGGCUACGGCGCAAAGUACUACUCGUACCUGAUCUCGCGCGCCAUCGCCUGGAGCGUGUGGAAGAAGCACUUCGAGCGCGACCCGCUGAACCGGAGCGCCGGCGAAGCGCUUCGACACGGCGUGCUGAGGCACGGGGGCGCGGUGCCGCCGCAGAUGUUACUCCGUGAUUACCUCGACACAGAGAUAACUCCCAACACACUAGCUAUGGCGCUAACAGAAGAACUGGAUUACCACAAGGAUCACCUGGAUUCUGUCUUCAACAUCGCUUUGAAAUGAACAUAUCAUCAUUUAUAACCCGUGCUUAUUAACUAGACUUGUCACAUCUAAGGGUUGCACACCAGAGGGAUGUCAAUUUCACUCGGACGGGUAAUCAUUGAAGUUUUACAUGGAACUCUUGUUCACACCGGACGUAAUAAGAAUGAUAAAGUACUUUCUAUCAAGGCAAAAUGUCAACGUGAGUAAGCGAGAACAACUUAUGCGAAGUUAAUAUUUGUUCUCUUUUGAGCAGAGCUAUCCCAACGCCAGAGUAGUGGUUAUUAGUUUAGGCCGCUAGAUAAUGCUUAUUUGUGUAAAUGGUUAGAGAAAUCAAUUUUAUUACUCGUUAUUCAUCAUCACUAUUUUAAAAGCCACGUUCUUGUCGGUGUAUAGGGCAGUGGUUCUUGCCUUCCGCCCCGCAGUACUCUGUCUGACGCGAGUGGGAUGGCGCCCAGAGUAGUGUAUUUCAAAGCCGUAAUAGGACUCCUGUCCUCCGCCUCUGAAUAGUACUGACAGUUACUGCUGCCCUCUGUCAAGUUUCAGGUUACGGUCCCUGUGACUUGCCUCUUCCGUCUUGUAGGGCUAACAUUCGCAACGUGAAAAAAUGUUGUCACGGUCAUUUUACAGAUUCUGACGAUAUAAUUAUGUCCUUUUGUCGAUUGGGGCUAAUAUGUGAAAUCAAAUGAGUCACGUCGUUCUUUCAAAAUACGAACAAAAUCACGUGGAGCGCAUGUUAAGGAAAAAAACAAACUUAUCAAUUUCGACAAAAUUUAUUGAAUCGAUCGAUAAUUUUAUUACGUUGCGAAUGUUAGCCCUGCUGCAUUACUCGUUAGUAGCUAACAAAAUGCUUAGCAACUUAUUGGGAUGAA